AUGAUCAAGUUUGACUUACGGGCAAAUCGUCCUGCCCGCCCGACAGGAUCCCGUCCAUACCCAGGCAGAUCAGCCGCAUCAACAAGCGAUCUGCCUGAUAACCUUCCCCCAAGGGCAUCAUCGGCAUUCUCCAUGCGCGCCCCAGUCGAAGAUGAAAUUGAAGAUCACCGACGCUCAGGCAGCGCAAUGUCCCAUCGCCGGACGAAUUCCCAUGUGCCUGGCGGCGGCGGAGUGGGUCGUCCUUUAGCCCAGGAGCCACGCACGCAUUCAAUCCGAAAGAACGUGUUUCCAGCACAAAUUCAUGCACGUUCAAUUCCCAUCCCGGCAUCCCCAACUCUGUCCUAUCGUGAAAAUGGUCAACGACGACACGAAAAGGAAGAGGCACGGUCACUACGAGAUGCCUUACAGAAAAUGGAUAUCCUGGAUGAUGUUGGUCUUCACCAAGCAGCCCAGGAUGAAGCCACAGAGCUAGUUUGGAUGCACCAGAAUCCUGGUCAAGCUUUCAAAAACCCUUAUGCGCCUUACCAAAAUCCCGAUGCCAACAGGGGCAGCCAGAGCCCUGUCCGAAAUGGUUCACGAGGAUCUAACCCCUCGAUCCAUAGAUUCAGCCAGUCAACAGGCUCAAGUGUCUCCUCUGAUGGUAACUCUAGCCCUGAGUCACUGCGGAAGCGAUCAUCUCUGGCUGGGCCGUCGAAGAAGAAUCUCAAAGUUAACUUUAAACUACCCGACGAGGAACCCGAGCAGUCUGUUGCUCCCAAACCGCGGACUGUUAGCAGUGAUUCAUCUAAAGGAAUUUUCAGGAAUCCUAACGACCAAAUUUACGAAGAGCCUAUUGAUGCUCAGAAGGAAGCCGAAGCAAAGCCGGAUUUUUCUAAGUCUGACUCGUCCGCUUUGAAAAACAAGCCGCGCAACGCACUGGGGCGUAUCCCUAGGCCGCUGCCUUGGUUGCAGAAUAGAGCUCACAGCAGCCCUGUGAUGGAUAAAAUCUCACGGUUCGAAAACCACAAGAACCCUCCCACCCAGUCACGUAAUGCCGGCUAUACUCGAAACGAAAGCGCUACUCCUCCUCCGACUCAGUCGAACAACGCCGGUUACACUAAAAAUGAGCGUGCUACUCCUCCUCCUCCUCCGGAACAAAACAAUGAAUCUGUCCUCACCAAUGAUGGAAGAGAGAGACGCAGUGACGAUAUCCGUGCAGCUACAAGCAAACGGAGAGGGGACCGCAGUGAGAAAUUACCAAUGCCUUCAGCCGUCAGUGAUAGAGUUGGACGCCCAAUCGUGAGCUUUGACCAAACUUGGAAACCAACCGAUCAGCCGAAGCCUCAUCGUCCAACCCUACCCGUGAUUGAAGUGGCAGCACCAACCAUUGAAGUCUCAGCCCCCUCAAUUGAAGUCUCCGAGCCGCCUCCAAUCCCCGUGAUCAAUAUCCCGGACAUCAAAGUACCCACCAUUUCCGAGAUAGAGGCUUCUUCCAAGCAAUCCACCAAACCAAUGCCCCAGCCGACGAGAAACAGCCCAAAUAAACAGGCUUUCCCGAAACAGCAGGGAUCUGAUUCGCAGAGCCGUUGGUACUCGCCAUAUACACGAUCGGGUGUCCCAACUGCAAGCUGUGAGCUAUGCACGCUUUCGAUUUCCGGAAAAAUUGUGACCGCUGGCGGAUGUCGAUUCCACCCGGAGUGCUUUACUUGUUUCCACUGCCACACAGCUCUUGAGUGUGUGGCUUUCUACCAAGAACCGGAGUCUAGCAGAGCCGAGAGACUAGAAACAACCGACACUCAUGACCAUGAGGCCCGUGUGCCACGGUUCUACUGCCACCUAGAUUUCCACGAGAUGUUCAGCCCCCGUUGCAAGAGCUGCAAGACCCCUAUUGAAGGAGAAGUGGUAGUGGCAUGUGGUGCUGAAUGGCAUGUCGGCCACUUCUUCUGCGCAGAAUGCGGUGAUCCCUUCGAUUCCCAAACUCCCUUCGUCGAGAAAGAUGGCUUCGCAUGGUGUCUCCACUGCCACUCCCGCCGUACCGCCCCACGUUGUCUGGGCUGCAAGCAGCAUGUCAUGGACGAAGUUGUCAUCACCGCAAUUGGCGGCCAGUGGCACGAGCGCUGCUUCAAUUGUCACGAAUGUGGCGAUGGUUUUGGCCCAGAGGGUCGGUUCUUCGUUCGUGAGGGCGAGCCCAAGCGAACUGCUAAGGGCCGUGUCAUCGGUGGUCCGGUCCAACUAGCUAUCUGUGAAAGAUGUGAAGGGAUCCGUCUUAAGGCGCCCGGGAUGUGCUAG